GGAGACUUGGGAGCUGCGACUCCGGCGGUAGACGUGGUCGGAGGUCUGAGAGCUCUUCUCCUUUGGAGACCUGGUUGGUGCGAGCACCGGUUGCAGGUAAUCUAUGAGCCAGUGGGAAAGGAUUUCCAGUGAGAGAAAGACAACCUCCAAAACUCCAAUGCAUAGAUCAACCUCCAGCCAAUCCACCAGGCGAAGCCGAUCACCAUUUUCUACCACACGUCGGAGAUGGGAUGACAACACAAGCUUGGGAUGCAGCUUAAACGCUGGUGAUGAGGACUAUUCCAGGUACCUGCCAAGAGAGUACCAUGCUUCAGGUAGCAGAAGAGGAAUGGCUUAUGGACAUGUUGACUAUUUGGGGGCAGAUGGCUGUUUGGGGGCAGAGGCAGGGCCUGAGCGUGUACCAGUGAGAGGGAAAACUGGCAUGUUUAAAGAUGAAAUGCUAUAUGAUCAAGAUAAAGGUAUGAGGUCUUUGCCUAGUGUAAACACACCGUUUUCUGGUUUUAACCAUGAUAUGGGAGAAGAAAUUGAUAAACUAGAUCCAUAUCCUGGGUCAAGAUGCUCUAUUAGCAGGGCUGAGUUUCUACAACAGAAUAGAAUGGGGUCUCAGGCCCAUACUGAAAGCAAGAUGACCACAAAUAGCAGCUACAUCGAGACUGAGAGACAGGUACAUAAUGUAUCCUUGUACCCCAACAGGGCUCCUGUGAGUAUUUGUGGUGGUGGGGAAAAACCCCUUCUGAGUUCAGAAGAACCAGUAGUGAGACCCAAAGUCAGAAGUCUAGCCAGUUCAAAUUGCAUAAAGACAAAAGUAUUUUUUGAUACUGAUGAUGAUGAUGAUAUGACACAAAUUACUUCUACGUGGGCCAGCAUUGAUGGCUUAGCAAGAAGCAGAGGAGAAAGUUCAGCUAGCUACUCUGGGGUUAAAUACCGUGAAGACAAGAUAGGUGGCAGGAAUGAGCAAGCUAAACCAGAAAAAGUGCCAAGACAGCGUCGAUCUAUGGCUGACCCUGAUUUCUGGACGCACAGUGAUAACUACUAUAGAUUCUUUGAGGAUGAUGAUGACGACGAUGACUCUGACAGUGACAAAGAGUGGAUUGAAGCUCUACGUCAGAAAUAUCGACGUCGGGGGCACACACUAUCCUCCAGUUGUGAAAGCUGGGAGAAUCUGCCAAUUAGAGAAGAACGUGAACCCGAGCAAGCCAGAGUGAAUACUAGUGCUGGGAUCACCUCCGGUGGCACUGCUGCUUCUGAAAACAACAUCAACAGUGAACUUGCAGAUGUUCAAAGACCCAUUCAGGAAGAGGAGCAGGCAGGGGAAGGUGAAGUCCCUUGGCUUCAAUUCAAUGCACAUGAAAGCAAUAGUGAGCGUGAAAAUGAUUCUGGCCAUGAGCUUUUACAAUCUGGAGUAUUCAUGCUCGAUGGAAAUAAUAACCUUGAAGAUGACUCCAGUGUCAGUGAAGACCUUGACGUAGAUUGGAGCCUCUUCGAUGGAUUUGCAGAUGGACUUGGGGUGGCUGAAGCCAUUUCAUACGUGGAUCCUCAGUUCCUUACAUAUAUGGCUCUUGAAGAACGCCUGGCCCAGGCUAUGGAAACAGCACUUGCUCACUUGGAAUCUCUGGCAGUGGAUGUAGAGGUAGCCAAUCCACCAGCAAGCAUGGAGAGCAUUAACACUCUCCCUGAAAUUCUACUCACUGAAGAUCACAGCACAGUGGGGCAGGAAAUGUGCUGUCCAAUAUGUUGCAGUGAAUAUGUGAAGGGAGAGGUGGCAACGGAACUCCCCUGCCACCACUAUUUUCAUAAGGCAUGUGUUUCUAUAUGGCUUCAGAAGUCAGGCACUUGUCCUGUUUGCCGCUGCAUGUUUCCUCCCUCACUGUGAGAGCAAGGCUCUUUACUUUGAUCUGAUGAUUUUUCCCACCUGAACAAUCCACCAUACUGCAGGAGCCCUUUAAAAAUUAACAAUUAAAAUCAAACCAGCUAAUUGAUUAAUACACACUAUUGAGUCCAUGAAUUUAUUUUCUCAUGUUAAAGGAGCUGUGUGUAUACAACUGUACUUUUAAAUAAUCAUAUGAUCUUUUAGAGGUUAGACAGGGGGAGUUAAAUUUCCUAAAUACUACUUGAAACUUCAAAAAAAGAAUACAUUUUCUAACAUGAAAAAUUGAAAUACAUUUAGUUGUUUUCUUUAGUGGAAUAAAUUGCUGUUAACUGUAAAGUUGAAUUUAUAUGUUAGAACUAUGUCCAAAUGGAAUCAUUCUGUUGCAUGUUAUGGGUUAAUGUUCCUGUAAUGGUCAUGCCGUAAAUGCUUAUUAAAGAUCUGAUUUUACAUUA